AGUCUUGAAAAAAGGGCGUGGCUGGCUGACAACGAAUAUUGUUAAAUUAAAUCAGUUCCAAUGAUAAAAACGCAGAGGGAAAUCAACAUCGAUGCGCUUUUUCUCAUCUUGUCCGACACCGUAAGAGAUGCAGAAAAAGMAAAUAUCCAGAAACUCCAAAUUGGCACCCUAAAAGAUUUCYACGAGYAUUCACGAAUUUUUACCCCUAAGAKAUUCGACGAGCAUCCCCGGUACUUUUACCUCGGAGUCCCAUCCUCCGGGCAACUCCAAUUCUUGAUACAGCAGUAUAUUUUUAUUAGAUCCCCAGGAUUGUAUGACACCCUUUGAGGUCCAUUUUUCACAAAGUCUUUUGCCACUAUUGCAAGCCAAGUGCAGCCAGGCCUGUAAUGCACUAGUGUCACUCUUAAAAUCAGACUUCGAUUUAAUGGAACAUCUUGAUGCUAUGAGAAACGUUUUCUUACUUGAAGCAGGAUCUACUAUGCUUCAUUUUUAUCUGGACAUAUUCAAAAAGAUCCGUCGUCGGCAACCGUGGCAAGAUGUGUCUUACUUGAACGCGCACCUUCAAGAGGCUCUACUUACAUUCUACCCACAUUACAUAGACAGAUUGACAGUAAGCUUUUCACCAAGUGAAAGUAGGCAAAGUAGCAUACAGGGACUGCAUAACAUGACCAUGCACUACAAGGUUCCAUGGCCCGUAAGCUUGGUGAUUGAUGAGUUUUGUCUUACAAAGUACAAUCAAGUUUUUCUUUUCCUGCUCAGUGUAAAACAGGUCAAGUGGACGCUCGACUCCCUGCGAUUUACAGACCUUUCUGGCAAAACGAACGUCUGUGUAGCAUCUAGUGACGAAGAGGAAGAAAAAAACUCAGCUCCUGYAGCGCUGAUCCAAAACGUCAACCAGGAUUUAAUGCAAAAGAUGUACAUUCUAAGAUUUCGAUUAUUGCAUUUUGUAAAUAGUCUUCACAACUACAUCAUGACCAGAAUUCUUCACGUCACUGGGCUAGAAUUUAAUGAAGCAUUUUUAAAGGCAGAAAACCUGAAUGAUGCUGUUGCUGAACAUCAUGCAUAUGUCGAGAAAGUAUUUGAACGUUGCCUACUUAGUGAUAAGGUUGGCAUUAUCAAAGAAGCAAUAACAAAAGUAUUCAGCUUGGUUUUUCAGUUUCAAAUAAAAUGGGAUCGCGGUAUACACGAGUUGAGUGAGGAGUCUGUAAGAAAGGUUGAUGCAGAGUUUUCAAAGUGCAACCAUUUCCUUAUCACAUUCCUUGGAAACAUUGUUAAACGAGGCUCAUUUCCUCACUGUAAGUACAUUACUGUACUGUUAUUUAGGAUUUGUUGACGUCUUCAUUCCUAUAUCAAAAUGAUGGCCUGGUAAAACAAUGAGAGAAGCGAAUGCCAUUAAACUUAUUUUGAGAAAAUGGCUGUUUGAAUGAUGAUGUACGCGCGAUAUGUUUUUGCUAUCGUGUACAAUAUGUGCAAUAGAAUCCAACAUUUUCAUCUAAUACGCACGGACAACAGUGGUAUGUCCUAUACUAAUUACAUGGGCUUCCUGUGGAAGACCAUGUCUAAAAUUACCGACGACUUUCCUUCAACAUGCUUCAAAGUGGUAUAUCCGGGACCUUUUCUAUUGUGUUAUUGUCCUUCAUGUUCCUAAGCAACGAUUCUAAGCUUGCCUCGUGCUUCAUUUUGGAAAGUUUAGGAUCGUUUAGAGAUAGAAAUCACGGAUCUAGCUACUACAAAUACGCUCAAAUCUCUUACAAAUCCACRUGUCAUUCGCGGUACAGAAACACUAAAUGAUGUCGAGCGUUUUUCGAAAGGGCAUUUGUAGGGAUACCGUGAAUUUAUCGUUAAUUUAAGCCAAUUCAAUUAUAUACGGCUAUAUACGGCUCUGCAAUCACAAAAGACUAUCUAAGGAAUCCCAACAGGGUUAUACUGAGGAAAAUGAAAUGAUUGGAAGUAUUUCAAGCGAAGAACAUGAAAGACUAUCGACCUGUGUUUACGCGGAAUGGUUCCUCAAACAUGCUUACUUCUUUCACAAUAUUAUGCUUAAUGCUAUAAAGUACAUUGCUUGUUUUAUUAUUUUUCAUUAAAAGAAAUAUUUUUGCCUUAGUCUUAGUAAUAUUAACGUUAUUAGGGCUCAAUAUAAUACAAUUCUUCGAUUACCAAAAUAACUAUUGUCAUUGACUUCUUCGUUUGCUGAUUGUGAUACCACAGGAAGCCCAUGUAAACGAUCGCUGAUCGUCUAGUUGAAAUAGAGCGACCUCAAUUAACCCGAUUCAGUACGAAACACUUUUACACUUUCUUAGUAUAAAUACUGAAAACAACGAGAAAAAGCACAAGUGCGCGCUUUGUAAUGGGCAUUUUCUCCCUUCCCUUUUGCUUUCAUGACCGGGCUGUUCAAAUCCCGUUUAGUGUUAAUUCAGGA